UGAGUAUGCCAGGCGACUCACGUAGUGUCUCAAACCAAUUGAAUUUUGAUGGCCAGCCUCCACUCCAGUUGCCAUUCUCAAUUUCGAGCCCUGCCUCCACUCAUUUCUGUGGCGACUGCGGCAGCUGCCGAGAUAGAGAUACAAGCAUAGAACGGGAUUUAGAUACAGAUACUGCCACAGUGGAGGAGCCAGCAAUAGGAUCGAAGAGCAUUCCGAUUCCAAAUAAAGUGUUCCAAAAAAGAUUCAGUGCAAAAGUCACAUUCACCCCAAAUGGUGGUACAAUAGGAACUAUAAGUAUUUUGGCUAGCUGUGUGCCAAGGCAGCUGGUCGCUAUGGGACAACUUAAUCAAAUCGACCAGCGGAUAUGUCAGACAGCUUUUAUGUCCACCACUCCAGCUGCGCUCGUCCUCAUAAAACUCCAAUUGAUAUGCUCCGCAUGAUGUCUAGGCGCAGGAAUCAAAAUACGAAUAAAUCCCGACUCCGGCCUCUCGCCACGUCACAUGUCCUGCCACAGGACAAAGGGCUUCGGCCGCCUGAUUGCAGCAAUAAUGAGCGGAAAUCACAACAAUGCAAAGCGGAACCCUUCACUCGCACACUGUGCGAAAAUAACACGAUGUGGGCGAAAGAUCUAUUAUAUGCAUGUGGUCUCCCAAAUGCACGAUGCCUUAAAAACCCAUUGCAAUUUCCUG